GACAAGUAACGUGAUGCGCUAAUCUUAGGAAUGACAACAUAAAGGUUAUUGUUUGCGCGUGCUCUUUACUUCAGACAACACCUUCAUAUACAGAAGACGGUUCCCAGUCUUUGCCACGCGGGUCACGAAAUGUGACAGGUGUCACAGAAUGUACGUCCCAGUGACCCAGAUAACCCCGGUCUUAGAUAUAUUUGUGUGACUGUACCCGAUCUCUUUACCUACGAACAGAGUGCAUCAGGUGGUCAGCAGAGAAAGGUCUCUCAUAUUUCUACAAGAUGGCCCCAGAACAGAUAUCUGUGAUUGAAACAGGACAGGAUGUUGCCAAGCAAAGUGGGAACGAAACAGAGGACCAGGAAGAAACUAUUUGCACAAGCUGGAGAGACAAGAUUUACAUGAACAAGUUCAUCUACACCGUCUACCUGGCCAUAGCGUUCUCCAUGUUGGGUGUGUGUAUCGGACAGAGAGGACCCUCCUUCCUUGACCUUCAAAUAAUCACCGACACGGACGUGGAGCGGGGAUCUGCGUUCUUCACUGCGGGGUCCGUCGGCUAUCUGGUAGGGUCUCUCGUCAGUGGCUUGGUGUACGACAAGUUCAACAAGGUGCUCACGAUGUUCUUCUUGGGGCUCUGCAUGGGCAUCAGCACAGGGGUUCUGCCGUUCUGUUCACUCUAUGGCUUAAUGGUGGCCAUCCAUCUCGUCACAGGAGUAUUCAUGGGCGGAAUCGACACAUGCGGGAAUGCAGAGCUGGUUCGUACAUGGGGGAGCAAUGGACGCUCGGCCAUGCAAACAGCUCAUUUUGCAUUUGCCUUUGGUGGAGUUCUCUCCCCUCUUAUGACCAAGCCCUUCCUGUCGCCAUUACCAGAUGUGAUCAAUGCUACAACAGCUCCACCCAAUGUUGGGUUCAGCGGGAUGAAUAUCACAGUCACCUCAGCUUAUAUAUCCUCCAAUUCAACUUUGACCCCAAUUGAAGAGAAACAAACAACAAUAGUUUUUUAUGCUUAUUUAAUUUCUGCUGUAUUGACAACAUUCUUUGCUUUUCCAUUUUUGAUAACAUAUUGUCGUGAAAAAUCUCAGAUGAAGAAGCGAACUGCAGGGGAGGCCACUCCGGAACCCCCAAACAUGUCACGUGCUGUGUUCAUCUUUACGAUAGGAAUGAUAUGUGUAACCUACAUGCUGUACUGCUCUGUCGAGGACAGCUUCGCAGCGUACCUGAUGACCUUUGUCGUCAAGCAUCUACACUGGAGCAAGUCUAGAGGAACGGAAUUAACAUCAGUAUUUUGGGCAUCCUUUGCUGGAGGAAGAUUUCUUGGGAUCUUCUUUGUAAAAUUUCUCACUCCAGUCAAGUUACUAUUUAUAUGCUGCACUUCUUUAAUAGCAUCGCUAAUCGCUUUUCUUGUUUGUGCGCAGUACGAUAUACCUGUAGGCAUUUGGAUCAGUUCGGUCACAACUGGACUGUCAAUGUCCGUUUUCUUCCCAACAGGGUUGACUUGGACGGAGGAGGAGUUGUUAAAUAUGUCCGGGAGAGUUGCAUCCGCUAUUUUGAUAGCUUCAUCGUCAGGGACCAUGGCGAACCCCAUAAUUCUGGGGUAUCUUAUGGAUGAACACAGUCUCAUGUGGUAUGCGUAUCUCCUCACGGCAGAAAGUAUUGCAUGUCUCCUCAUGUUCCUCAUACUUCUCAUCUACGCUCGCACGUUCCUGAAAAAGAGGAAACAGAGCACUGAUAUAACAAUAGAGGUAAAAGCCAAUGGUUUCUCGUCACAGGUUGAAGAAAAGUUUCUGUGAUCUGGUCAACUAAGGGAUGUGAGAGGGACUAUUUGAUUUUCAUUCAUAUUUUUAACAUGGGAAGGCGAUACGCAAUAAGCAGUAUUCCAAACAAAAUUUCCCAUAUUUAGUCAAGGAUGUUUAUCAACCAUUACCCAAUUCUGUAGAAAUUCUUCUCUUUGAAGUGGACAGUUACUAAUGGAUAUUAUCAUAACCAAGAUCUUGUAUUUGACUCACAGUUUUUACAUGGCCAAUAGCCUGUCCAAUAUGUGCCUAUAGUCAGCACUACAAAUUCAGCAUUACAUGCCUGAAUCCAUGUUUGGUUACAUACUGUUUCACUGAAGACAUGUUUUGUUACAUAUUGUUUUCCUGAAUACAGGUCUGAAUACACAUACAGAGAGAAAUACUGUUUCCCUGAUGACUUUGUUAGCAAUGGAUGUGUUUGGUUACAUACUGUUUCACUGAAGACAUGUUUUGUUACAUAUUGUUUUCCUGAAUACAGGGCCCACUUGCACAGAACAAUCUUAGUUACAAUCGAUCUUAGGCGGCUACAAUCAACUUUACAAUCACCCUACAAUUGUCCUAUUCCACUUGCACAAACCGAUCUUAACGCGAUUGUAAGACGGCUUGGAUUUAAGAUCGCGAUCUUAGCUAAGAUUGAAAUCUUCAAUGGUGGAGGUACAAAUAUCUUAAACUAGACUCCUGUCUAUGGUUGUCUGCAAACGCGCAAAUCUUGCUGCGCAUACAACGUGUGGAACCGGUUACAACAUACAACACGUACCUCCCUCCACGCACCUUGCACAGUUGAAAGGUCUCAACUAUUUGAAGGAAACUAUAAUUAGAAUGUUGGCAUAUAGAUUUAGUGACAUUCUUAUUAUGAAAGUAAAAA